AACAUUAGCCGGGAAAAACGCUUCCAAAUAGGGCGAUUCCUUCCUCUUCAGUUCCCCCCUUCCCCGCCCUUUUCCCCUUAAAAUCUCGAUCUCCGUCGUGUGGCCUCGGAUGCGAUCAGAAAAAUGGGCGGGGUGAAGUCGGCGAUGGCGGCGAGGCUCACCUUCUUCCCGCCCCACCCGCCGUCGUACGAGUUGGUGGUGGAGGACGAGGCGGCGGGGAGGCUGUCCAUGGCCGGCGUGACGCCGCGCGAGGGCGUCGAGGUCCGGAGGCUGCGUACGGCUCGCGGGAGCGAGAUCGUGGCAUUGUACGUGAGCAACCCGGACGCGAAGCUCACCGUGCUUUACUCCCACGGGAAUGCGGCCGACCUGGGUCAGAUGUACGAGCUCUUCGUCGGUCUCAGCAAUCACCUUCGCGUCAACUUGAUGGGAUAUGACUAUUCAGGUUAUGGCCAAUCAUCUGGAAAGGCCAGUGAGCAUAACACGUACUCUGAUAUCGAGGCUGCUUACAGAUGCCUCAAGGAGACAUAUGGAGCCGUGGAAGAAAACAUUAUCUUAUACGGCCAGUCAGUUGGUAGUGGUCCUACUUUAGAUUUAGCUUCUCAAUUGCCUCAGUUAAGAGCUGUUGUUCUACAUAGCCCUAUCUUGUCUGGGCUCAAUGUAAUGUAUCCUAUGAAGCGGACAUACUGGUUUGACAUAUAUAAGAACAUUAAUAAGAUUCCAUUAGUUACGUGUCCUGUGUUGGUAAUUCAUGGAACAAAAGAUGAAAUUGUUGAUUUUUCUCAUGGAAAGCGUCUCUGGGAACUUUGCAAAGAAAAGUAUGAGCCUUUAUGGAUCAAUGGGGGCAACCACUGUGACUUGGAACUAUUUCCUGAUUUUAUUAAGCACCUAAAAAAGUUCAUAUCAGUCGUAGAAAACUUACCUUCCAGAACUGAUGAAACAAUUUCCUUGAAAGAAAUUGUAAACUCAGGUGUCACAGAGGCUUCUAAGACAAAUCCCGACUGUUUAGAGUCUUCAAGGUUAAGCACAGAUCAAACAGAAUCGUCCAGAUCCAGCACUGACCGGAAAGAUAAAUCAAAGAAGACAGAAGGCAGAGGAAAGUCGAGACCGAGCACUGACAAGAGAGAAAAAUCAAGAAAAAGUGUUGAUCACUCUGAACACAUUAAGGAUCCUGCUAACCAAGUAGAAAAACCAAGAAAAAGCAUUGACUGCAUUGGGGACAUGAUCAGAUCGGUGGGCUUUUGCAAUAUUGAUUGUUUGAAAGACACACAUUCAGAGGUCAAGGAAAUCUAAAGGUCAUAUUGUUGCUUGUUUUCUUUGUUUAUUGGUUGGGCAGUUUCUUUUUAUUAUUCUUUCUUUUUCCUUUUUCCUUUUUGGAAGAAGCUGAGGAAUGUCCUUUGCUUUUCAACCAAUAAAACAUUUGGCAUGGGGUGUAGUUUUGGCUAUUUUACUUAAUCUUAUGUACACGUUUCCUUGUUCCAUCAGACAAUUCUAUGGUGUUUGCCAAUAGUGUUGAUAAGUGUUGGAACUUCAUUCCAUUUGGAAUGGAAAUUAAUAAAAUGUAAAA